CCAUAAUGCUGCAUUCAGGAGCUUCUGUUCAAGACACAAAGCCUGGCUGGCCUGUCAUUUCUUAAUAAUCCAGCAAGCUUCCAGGGCCUUGUAGCCUGGAGGAGCUACAGCUGCCGUUUUGAGAUGCUGAGGCACCCUGUCUGAAGCACUCAACUUGACUACUGGGUGAGCCCUUGGAGAGGCUUCCCAGCCUCUGCUCUUCAAGCCGAAGUACCACAGGGGAUACAAGUCCCAGAGUUACAGGACCUCAGCUAUGGUUCAUGUGUAAAGGGAACCAUUAGGCAACCAGGGGAAAUAAUGAAGAAGAUCUAUAUUUACAAAUGUGGAAAGAUGUUCGUGGUAUAUUGUUAAAUUAAAAAGCUGUUUAAAAAUAGCUUUUGGGUCAAGUGAGAUGACUCACUUAUACUUUUAGUAUAAGUAUGUCCCAUGCAAUAUCUGGAACAUACUUGUACUAAGGGGUUUCUCCCUCCAUCAGCACAUCCCAGGCAUCCCGGCAGCUGCUGGCCUCCAGCAACCCCACAUUCUAGUUGUGUGGGAGUGGGGUGUGGCAUGGACCCUGUGGGCUACCACUGCCCUGAGCUUCUUCUUCACACACUGGUAUUUGUAUUUGUGGUAAACCCAGUGACAUGGGGGAGAUGACAUACAAAAAGGGCAGGACCUGAGAAAGAUUAAGUUGUAGGCUCCCUGCCCAUAAAACAGGGUGUGAAAGGCAUCUCAGCGGCUGCCCCACCAUGGCUACCUGGGCCCUCCUGCUCCUUGCAGCCACGCUCCUGGGCAACACAGGCCUUGGGGUCAGUGUGAGCCCCAAGGGCAAGGACACUUCGGGAAGGGAGAGUGGAUUUGGCUGGGCCAUCUGGAUGGAAGGUCUGGUCUUCUCUUGUCUGAGCCCUGAGUACUAUGACCUGGCAACAGCCCACCUGUGUGACGAGGAGAAAUCCUGCCCGUGCCUGGCCCAGGAGAGCCCCCAGGGCGAUCUGUUGACCAAAACACAGGAGCUGGCCUAUGACUGCAGGACCUGUCUGAGGAUAGUCCAGGCACUGAAGGAGAUGGUGAAACAGCCCACCGAGAAAAGCGUUUCCAAAGCUGUAACCCGGGUGUGUAAGAAGCAGAGAUCACGAUGGCGCGACGUCUGCAAACAUUUCAUAACGACGUAUCAGCCUAGAGUUACCCAGGGCCUCGUGGCCGGAAAAACUGCCAAGGAGAUCUGUGUGGACCUCGAGUUGUGCGGACCUUCUAUGGGUCCCCUCUGAGCCUUCUCACCCUGUCCUGUGGAAGAAGCACAGGCUCCUGUCCUCAGAUCCCGGGAACCUCAGCAACCUCUGCCGGCUCCUCGCUUCCUCGGUCCAGAAUCCACUCUCCAGUCUCCCUCCCCUGAUUCCCUCUGCUGUCCUCCCCUCUCAGGAGAAUAAAGUGUCAAGCAAGA